AUGAUAUCUGCGCGCGGGCUUCGUGACGCCGACGGCCUCGUCGGACAGGGCAGUUCCGAUCCCUACUGCACGUGCGAGAUCAUCGGGAAGAAGGACACUAAAGUUCGCACCCAGGUCAUCUACAAUAACUUGUCGCCAACCUGGGAGCACACGGCCGUGGUCCCGAAGUACAUGCUCGGGGACAGGCUGCGCUUCAGGGUAUGGGACAAGGACGCUUUCUCAAAGGACGAUGACCUGGGUCACGCGGAGCUUGAGCUGGACGCGGCAGACGUCUUGCCCAGCUUCGAGGGUGAGCUGCGGCUGGAGGACGCGGGCGCAGGAAUCGAGGCGUUCCUAAACCUGCGGGUGGCUGUGGGCUUCGAGUCCGAGCGGACGAAGCACAGCGAGGUGUAUCGAGCGCGUGAGAUGCUGCGGGCGGCCUGCCAGACGGGAGGUGUGGCGGCGCUCGAGGAGGCAAUCGUGGCGGCCAAGCGCUGCGGCUUGGCGCCCAGCGAGUUUCGGAGCGCGGAGCGGCGGCUGGAGGAGGAGCGCGUGCGAGAGGCGGCCCGCGUCUUCCUCCAGAAGGCGAUGCAGCAGUACGAGGCCGCCAGGGAGCGGGGUGGCGACUCCGAGUGGCCCGAGGCGCUGGUGGCUGCGCUGCAGCACGCGGAGGCCUGCGGCCUGGACGCGGAGAGCUGCAGGGAGCCCGCGGAGCUCCUCGAGCGGGCCAGGGCCGCCCGCCGGCUGCUCGCGAGGGCCGAGGAGGAUUGCGACGAGCCCGCGCUGCAGCGCGCCGUCCAGGCGGCCAAGGAUCGCUUCCCUCCUCCCGUGUCGCCGGGCCGUGGAGCUCUUGGACGCGAGGGAGAGGCAGCGGCAGAGGCAGGAGAACGCGCGGGCGCAGCUGCUCCGCCUGUGCGCCUCGGGCGACGUCCAGGCGCUGGAGGACGCGCUGCGGGAGGCGAGGGCCGCCGAGGUGCCGGGCAGCGACCCGGCGGUGCUCCAGGCGACCCAGGCGCUGAACAAGCUGAGGGCGGAGAGGGAGCUGGUGGAGGCCAUGGGCGAGGCCACGCGCCUACUGGAGAGCAGUCCGAUAGGGAGGGCAAGGAGUCGCUGGACCUGGAGGUCGCGAUCAGGGUCAAGGACAGGCUGGCGAAGGCAAUGGCCAACAUCCAGAGGUUCGGCUGGACCAUCGCCGACCUCGUGGAGCACGACAGGGUGCGGAAGAGGAUCCACAACCUGGUCGAGGAUCUCAAGGGCUCCAUCCGCGUGUACUGCCGCGUCCGGCCCAUGAGCGAGAAGGAGAAGACGGAGGGCAGCCAGGGCUGUGUACGGCAGGUGGACCUCAUCACCGUCGAGGUGGUCAGCGGGCACAGGAGGCUGAACGGCGAGGAGCCCCCAGACGUGUCCACGCACUCCUACGACGCCGUGUUCAUGCCGGGGACGCAGGAGGACAUCUUCGCCGACUGCAAGGAGCUGGUGCAGUCGGUGCUGGACGGCUACAACGUGACAGUGUUCGCCUACGGCCAGACGGGCGGGGGCAAGACGCACACCAUGAUCGGUGUCCCAGGCUCUCCAGACUUGGAGGGCAUUGUUCCCCGCACGAUCAAUGAGUUGUUCGCCAAGAUGAAGGCGAAUGAAGAGCAUUGGACGUACGAGCUCAAGGCAGCGGUGAUGGAGCUGUACUGCAGCCAGCUGGUCGACCUGCUCCCCGCGCCAAGGCCCACAAGCCCGAGGGGCAAGCCCAAGGAUGAGUCCAUCUGGAUUCCUGACAAGGACAAGGUCCAGCCGCUGGGCAUCCGCGAGGUGCAGGGCAAGUUCGUGGUCCCAGAUCUCGCUUGGCACGAAUGCCCGACGAAGGAGCGCACGCACGAGAUCUUCGAGCUCGGGCAGGCGCAGCGGAAGACGGCCCUCACGGCCAUGAACGCCGAGAGUUCACGGUCGCACUUGCUGUUUAGCAUCCAGAUCUCUGGCCGCAGCGAGACUUUCAAGCAGCAGCUGAGCAGCAAGAUCAUAUUGUGCGACCUGGCGGGCUCGGAGCGGCUGAAGAAGUCCAAGGCGACGGGUGAGCGGGAGAAGGAGGCGAUCGAGAUCAACAAGUCCUUGUCGGCCCUCGGGGGCGUGAUCGACAGGCUGACGUCCUCGUCGGGCAUGGCCCACGUGCCGUACAGGGACCACCAGCUCACGCAGGUGCUGCAGGACUCCCUGGGCGGCACGGCCAAGACGCUGAUGUUCCUGAACUGCUCCCCCGCGGACAGCAACUGGGACGAGACGCUCAACACGCUCAGGUACGGCACGCGCGCCAAGAGGGUGACCAACAACAUCCAGCGGGCGGGCGAGCCCAGGUCGCCGAAGGCGGCCCGGUCCCCCCGGGGCCUCCAGGCGCUCGAGAGCCCGCAGGCGGAGGCACCGCCGGAGCAGCGCCUCGCCCUCGGCCACGCCACGGCCCAGCCCUCCCCGGCGCAGGCUGCCCCGGACGCCGCCGCGCCGCCGGCCGCCGCCCAGGCCCCGCCCGCGCCCGGAGGAGCGCCGCCGGCCCUGGCGCCGCUGGCACAGCUCGCCUCGCUGGAGGAGGCGCUGCUGGGCCGCCCGAAGCAGGGCGCGCUGCUGCCGCGCAUCGCCGAGACGCGGUCAUCGGCGAGCGCGGAUCUGGCACCCCUGCUGACCGGCUGCGCGUCAUCAUGGAGUCUGCAGGUCUCGCUCCCCGAGGAGAGGGCGCCCGCGCUGUACGACACAGGCAGUGCGCUCAGUUCGCGAGGCCUGCGUGGGGCGGUUGCUCCUGCGACGCUCUUCGACUUCGAGUGCCUCAGGAACCUCUCCGCGUGCUCCGUGCCGGAUGGCCUGCCGCCCUUUGUGGGUCCCGGAAAUGCUGCCGCCCACCUCGGAGCGGCGGGACGAUUCCGCGCCCCGCGCGCGGCACGCGCAGCCACCGCGCCCCAGGCGCGAUUUUCCGCUCGGCUGCCUGGUCGCGCGCGGCGUCAGCUUCAGCUUGGCUGCGCCUGCCCUCAAGGGGCACUGGCCUCGCGCUGGCGACCGGGUCCAGAGACCAGGGCGUCUCCCCUGCCCGCGUCUCUCGACGAGGCGGGGCGAGGCGGCAGGGAUGCGAUGCUCCUCUGCGAGCUCGGGCGCGGUCUGCCGUGA